AUGUGUAGGGUCUUCCCAACCACCCUUAAAGGACCAGCAGGAGUGUGGUUUAGUAAGAUUCCUCCAAAUACCAUUAGUUCCUUCAAGGAGUUGAGUAAGUUGUUCGUCAAUAACUUCAUUAAAGGUCAAAGGCAUAAGCACUCCUCGUCCAGUUUGCUGACUAUAAAGCAAGGAGAUAAUAAAAGUUUACGGUCCUUCAUCACUCGCUUCAACAGGGAAGCCUUGAUGGUGGACGAGAUGGAUGAUAAGCUGCUAUUAGCAACCUUCCACAAUGGAGUUAGUUCAGAUUUAUUCAUCCACAAGCUCUAUGAUCAAGAACCACAGACCACAGCUAAACUCAUCCACUCAGCCCAAAGUUUCAUGAAUGUAAAAAAUGCGAUCAUUGCCAAGAAGAGGAAGAGAGUAGAACGGAUGGAAGCGAAGCUCCCACGUCAUUCUGAACAAGACACUCAUCCAAAGAAGGUCCGAACUGGAGAAAAGAAGAAUAGAGACAACAUGGAGAUCAAGGAUGACCCAUCCUUGAAGUGGCUAGAGAAGAUGAAGGGAGAUCCUAAUAAGCGUAAUAAGAACAAGUAUUGCCGUUUCCAUAGAGACCACAGACAUGACAUGAACGAAUGCUAUAACUUGAAGCAGCAGAUUGAGAAUCUCAUCAAGUAA